UUAAGUGAAAAGCUUCUCAAAUAAAUCAUUGAAUGAGCUUUUUUAAUUAUGUUUGUUUCUAAAUCAUUUGCGAGUAGGAAAACUGGGAGUAAGGGGGGGUUUUAAGUGAUUUGUAUCACCGUCCAGAUCAUUUGCGUGUUUGAAAAAUAUAGCCUAUCAAAAAUAAUCCUUGCACCAAUUAGACCUUGUUUACGCUUGAUUCGAGCUCUUUGUGUCUAUGAAAUAUUAAAUGUAGAAUAUGUUAAUGUGUCGCCUUUACAAAUUUUGAUUGUAUUGUAGUUCAAUAAGCUGUCUCAGAUAUUCAUUUCCUUCCCUCCAGAAGAUCUUUCCUUUUUUCAGGUAUUUGUUUGCAAAAUGGACGGUGAGUUGUUGACCGACCAGGAAACUGCUGUUUAUGAUCGUCAAAUCCGCGUUUGGGGAGUAGAUGCACAAAGAAGAUUAAGCAAAUCUCAUGUCCUAGUUAUUGGAAUCACAGGUGUGGUGGCAGAGCUGUGCAAAAAUAUUGUACUGGCAGGCGUUGGUAGUUUAACAUUGAUGGAUGAUAGUCCUAUUACAUCAGAAGAUUUAUCAGUGGGUUUCUUGAUUCAUGCGGGGGAUUCUAAGUGUAAUGGGAAAUCAAUUGCUGAAGUCUGUCAGGAUUCUUUAAGGGAUUUCAAUCCUAUGGUCCAUGUUUCUGUUGAAAAAGGUAGUCUGGUUGAGAUAGCUGCUGAUUUUCUGGACAACUUCGAUGCUGUAGUUCUUGGGCGCGCAUCAAUUGCUACAAAAAAGAAAGUGAAUGAAUUGUGCCGCAAGAGGCCUCAAAGAGUUGCAUUUUAUUCAGUUGACUGCAGAGGUUCUUGUGGAGAAAUAUUUGUUGAUUUACAAAAUCACACAUACAAUCAGAAAAAGAUGGAAAACGCUCCUUUGGAAGUUACCUUUCCAAGCUUAGAGGAGGCUACAUCAGUGCGCUGGAGCAGUCUUCCUAGAAACACAUCAAAGCUCUAUUUUGCUAUGCGAGUUGUAGAAAUGUUUGAACAAGUUGAGGGUCGGGAGUCUGGUGACCUGUCAUCCACAGAUAUACCAUCUGUACUUAAGAUGCGGAAAAAGCUCUGUGAAGAACAAGAGUUUGCUGAAUCUCGAAUACCAGAUCUUCUUUUGCAAAGAAUUGUCGAUGCUGGAAAGAGAGAACUCCCUCCUGUUUGUGCCAUUGUAGGGGGCAUCCUUGGGCAGGAAGUCAUUAAGGCAAUGUCCUGUAAGGGUGAUCCGCUGAAGAAUUUUUUCUUCUUUGAUGUAAUGGAUGGAAAAGGGAUAAUAGAAGAUAUAUCUACUGGAGACAAAAACUGAGUUUAUUCUUUAGAGAUGUACCUCAAAAUUAUACGCUAUCUCACUGUUACAUGAAAUUAGGAUAAGCCCUUUUUGUUUAAUGGAACAUUUUAUGUCACAAUUCCAUGUGAAUUGUGUGAGAUAGAAGUGUGGCAGGCAUGCAGUUGCAAAACUCUAAAUGAAAACUCAGCAGCACAGGCAGUGAACUUUUAAAUUGGAAGUACAAAUUAUCAUAUUAACGUAUAUAAAACUUGGUCCAUGUUAUUCCUUUUUUCUUUUCACGGUUUCCUACUGAAUAUAGGAUGCAAGGGAAAGAUCAGCUCUAGGAGUAAUGUAAAAGAUCAUGCACAUUUACAUGAUAUGUGCAAGGAUGACAAAAUUUUAGAGUGUGAGAAUAACCUCACUAAAGUAACUUGGGAUUAUUUACUGGUAUUAAAGGAAAAUCAUUGAUUUCAAA